AUGGCGCUUUUAUUUGGGUACAUGUAUGUUUUUUCUGCCGAUUUUUUUUUUUUUUUUGGCAGUUGUAAUCGAAAUAAGUUGCCACGUUUUUGCAGGAUGAGCUGGUGCACGGCGGGGGAGGUGGUGGAAUUGAUUAGUGUCAGCAGGCUGCGUCAUGACGUUCCAGAGGUUGAACGUAAAGCGGCAGAUUUGCGUUUAAUUGAACUUUACACAUCGGCAGUGAAUAUUGGGGACGUUUUGACGGAAGUAGUAGUUGCGUCCAAUGCAGUUUCUUGGAAUUUGCGGCUGGCGGCUGCCUUGACGCUGGAGUCUUUUGUGAGCGAGCGGACAUGGUGCGAGGGCGCGAGCUUCAGCGACAAGGAACGUGUUCUUAAUGAGAUUUUGGCGUAUUUGCGGAGCGCCUCUUUUGCUGCGUCAGCUGCGGAGGAGCAACUGCAUGUCUUGCUGUGCUCCUGCCUCGGCCGUAUUGCCGGUCUUGAAUAUCCCGCUGCGCGUUGGGAUGAAUUCAUGGACGAGUGCGUUUCAGCCAUUGUGUCAGGGGAUGCGGCACGGCAACAGACGGGGCGUGUGUUGGUGCAACAGACAAUUA